UCCCGGGCGGGCACCAUGAGGACCGGGCCCGCGCUCCUCCUCCUGCUGGGCCUGCACCUGGGCCUGGGCCUGCUCCCGCCACCGCCGCCGGCUCCUCACCGGGCCCGGGCCUCCGCCGCCGGGGCGCCGGCCUGGCCGGGGCGGCUCCUCAGGGGCGCCGGGGCCUGAGGGAGCGCGGCGGCCACCCGCCUCAGCCUGCGGCGCCGCGCGGCCCGGGACGGCGGCGUCCUCCUCAGCGGCAGCCGCGACCUCUGCUUCCUCCGCGGCGGGCCCGGCCGGGCGGGCGGCUGGCGGCGCGUGUCCCCGCGGCCCCCGGGCUGGUACUGCCUGGGCGUGCGCGUCCUGCUCCGCGGCCGCUGGCCCCGCGCGCCCGCGCACGUGGACCUGCGCGUCUCGGCGGCCCGCGGCCGGCUCUCGCUGGCGUGGUCCGCCCGCCUGCCGCGCUCGGCCGGCCGCUGGCCUGGGCCUUCCGCUGCGGUGGCUCGGGCCCGGGGAGGUCCGGCGGCCCGCGCCCGCCGCGCCGCGGCUCGGCCCGCCGCCGACCGCCCCUCCUCCGGCCUCGUGGCCCGGACCCCGUGCCCCACGGACGGACCCACGCCCGUCGUGCUGGAGGCCCCCGGCUCGCCCAACCGCACCGCCACGGCGUCUAACGUGUCCUGUCAGUUAGGGGCCUGCACCAUCAAGAAGGUGAAGAUCAACACGAACAACGACAGCACCACCGUGUUCCUGUCGAGGAAGGAGGAGGUCACCCUCAACGCCACCGCAGAUUACAACUGCCUGUUCGCCUACUCCAUCUCCGAGAGCUGGCAUGUCUUCGCCGUGCCCUCCGUGAACGACGAGCCCGACUGGACGCAACCCAUGGACCUGUCGCGACUCGAUAGAGGGCGCAGCGUGUUAUUCAUAGGCAUCCCCCCCUACUCUUUACCCGUGGGGGUGUACAUGUUCAAUUUCACAUUGACCAUCAAAACGCGCAAUCCAAGGAUGCCUGUAGUGGAGGAAUCGGACGCCAUCUACGUCUGCAUUGUCACGCGUCCCCUGAAGGCCGUUAUUCUUGGGAAUCCCAACGUGACAGUGGACUUCAACGAGGAGCUGAUUCUGAACGGAACAAUGUCCUCUGACCCAGAGGCCGAUGACCCACUAGAGGGACUCCGGUUUUCUUGGCACUGUACCACAAAUCCACAAAACUACCAUGAAGACCAGAUACUGGUGAUGAGCAAGGAAGUCUGCCACCCAGAGCAGACUAAUCUCAACUGGCCGUGGGCCACUGGCCCUGUGCUAACACUUUUGCCAGAAACACUUAAAGGUGCCCAGGUGUAUUUUUUCAGAAUGAUGAUACAGAAAGAUACCAGAACAGCAUUUUCUGAUAAAAGGGUGCAUGUCCUCCAAGGACCAAAAGCUAGCGCACUCAUUUCAUGUAUUGAAAAUUGCGAUCAAAUUUUAAUUGUAUCAGAUAGAUUUUCUCUGUUUUUUAAUUGCACAAAUUGUGCAAGGCGUGAUUUCUAUAAGUGGUCUAUUUUGUCUUCUUUGGGCAGUGAAGUGCUAUUUGACUGGGUGGGGCAAACGGUAACAGGAAGGAAUAGUGCUUAUUUGUCUAUAAAAACUUUUGCUUUUAGUCAUUUUUUGGAAGCUGAGUUUUCAGCUUCUCUACAUGUAGCAAGUUGGGGUGGAGAUAUCUCAGUCUUCAGCCAUUUGUUUGUUACUAACCAUGGCCCUCAAAUUGGAGAAUGCAAAAUUAAUCCAACUAAAGGAAUUGCACUUUUUACUAAAUUUGUUGUCCAAUGUAGUAAUUUUAAGGACAAGCAUAUCCCUCUUACAUAUAAAAUAAUUGUUUCUGAUCUGCACAAUAUUGGUGAAAUCAGUUCAGUAAAAGAAAACACCUUGGGGGCCAUCCUGUAUUUGGGUACUAAGUCCACAGCACCCCCUUCCUUUCUUCCUGUUGGUAUGUUGGCUAAUCACUAUGCCACAAAAAUAUAUGCUCAGGUGUAUGACUCUCUAGGGGCUUUUACUCAGGUGACUUUGUAUGCCACCGUACAUGCUCCUACUGACAAAAACUCAUCAACUAUUGUGUUGGAUCAGUUAUUCGAACUCACCAUGGGGCCAUUUUCAUUGCUAACUACUCUGAUUCGAGAUGAGGAAUUUUUAUCUGCCAAUUACUUAACGUAUAUAGCAGCUUCCAUCUUGAAUAGCAUGAAACCUGAAUUAUCUCUCCAAGAUAGUAAAGACUAUCUCCGAGAACACCUUGUCAGUCAGUCUUUCCUUCCUCCUACAAGCACUUUGGCGGAAAUUAGCCAGUUAGUAACGACUCUUAGCAUAUUAACGCAGAAACCCUUUGAACUCACUCAAGAGGCUCAGAAACGUGCCACAGAGAGGAUGUGGCAAGCAAGUCAAGCCCUGCAAGAGUAUCAACAAACAGAUAAACGCUUUAGCUCUGAACAAAUAGAAAUUGUGAGCACUGGAAUCUUAACAGGUUUGUCCAAUAUCUUAAAACGGAUUGAUUCUCAGAAGAUGGUUGAAGAUCCUUUCUAUGUAAUAGAAUCUCUAUCAGACACAAUAUUGGCUAGUAAAGUGCCAGGAACUGAAACAACUGUCAUGAGAACCCCCAACUUCAACAUGUACGUCAAGAAAGUUGAAAAGUGGAAGGUUACCCAGGUCUUCAGAGACGAGAAACACUGCCGAAAUUGUUUCUAUCCAACACUCAAUGUGAGCAGUGUUCCCGCCCUGCCUGCAGACGCUCCCAUUUCUACGAUGUUUUGUGAGUUUGCAGAGGACCCUUUUCCUUGGUUAAAUGAUGGAGAAAGCACUUCAGCGGAGGUGGUUGGAUUCAGAAUGACAGGAGCCACAGAUAAUGGUACUGUGAUAGAGAUCACCCCCGAUGUAGUGGAAGUGUACCUUGUCAGAAAAAACGUGACCUUUGCAGCUUUUAAUCUCACAGUGGGACCCAGCCGUGAGCUUGAUGGGGCCUUGAAGAAGACAACAGGGGCAUUUAGCUUUGAAGUGGACAUCAGAGCAUUCAGGGAGGUGCUGGUCCACAUUGCAACUGAAGUGACCCUGCUGUUCGAGGUGCUGGUGUACGCAGGCAGUCAGCUCACCCCCACGGCUCUGGUCGCCACCUUCCUCGUGCCUCAUGACAUCCCUCCAGUUGUUAGUCACAGUGCCCUGUUUGACCCCGCCUGCGCAGUGAAGGCAGCCCGCGUGGUGUGCCUACCACUGUCUCUGCUGCAGGUCAUAGCUCAGCGCAGCCACUCAUCCCAGUGUACCAUAUCUGUGGUUCUGCAGGCACCCAGUUUUGUCAUAAGGCCCAAUGACAGGCUAGUGAGGAUUUCUCUUUUCAGCGUUCAGUGCUUGGACAAGUAUGGGAGCAAGAGCGACUGGCGGGAAGACAACUGCGUGCUCGGGGAGAAGACGACCUGGCACAAGGUACAUUGUGUCUGCGGGCAUGCAGUGCGGGCCAGGCGGCAGGUGGGCACAGUCAGGCUAAGCAGCCUUCCCCUGCACACCCGCUACGUGAUGGCCAGGGUGAUUGUGGUCCCUAACCACGUGGAUCUGAAGUUAAAGGUCAUCAAGAAUGUUUACCAAAACCCUGUGAGCCUCUUAACUGUGCUUUUUAUCAUCUUUCUUUACACAGCCCUAGCUUUCUGGGCCUUGCACAGGGAUGAAAUGGACAAGAUUCUUCGGGAAAAUGUGAUAAUUCUACCUGAUAAUGAUCCUUAUGAUGACACAUGCUACUUGGUCACUGUUUUUACAGGAAGCCGUUGUGGGGCUGGGACCAGAGCCGAUGUCUUUGUGCAGCUUAGGGGCACCGCAAGUACCAGUGACGUGCACUGUUUAAGCCAUCCACAUUUUACAACUCUGUACCGAGCAAGCAUCAGCACUUUCCUCCUAACAACAAAAAGUGACUUGGGGGACAUCCAUUCCAUCCGCGUGUGGCACAACAACGAGGGCAGAGCACCCAGUUGGUAUUUAAGUCGAAUCAAAGUGGAAAAUCUGUUUAGCAGGCACAUUUGGCUGUUCAUAUGCCGGAAAUGGCUUUCUGUUGACACCACUUUGGACAGGACAUUUCACGUUACCCACCCAGAUGAGCCUCUGACCAAAAAAGACUUUUUCUUUAUAGAUGUGAAUCAUAAGCUAGGGAAAAACCACACGUGGUUCUCCAUUUUCGCCAGUGUGGUUCCCAAACCAUUCACCAGGCUCCAAAGAUUGUCUUGUUGUUUAGCAAUGUUGCUAAGCUCUCUUGUUUGUAACAUCAUGUUCUUUAAUCUAAAUAGAGCAGAAGAAACCGAGUCAAGAGAGAGGCGCUACCUCAGAUCAAUGAUGAUAGGAAUUGAAAGUGUCUUAAUUACAAUCCCUGUGCAAUUAAUAAUAACCUUUUUGUUCACCUAUUCCCAGAGGAAACCUCAAGUGAACCUAGAGGAGGUGUCUCCUCAGAAGCACCCCCUGAUAGCAGAAGACGGUAGCCACUGGGAGGAACGCCUGGGAAACUGGCAUGCUCGUCAAGCCGCAGCGACACACGCCGGCAAGACCGCGAAGACUGCGAAGACCGCGAAGACCGCAAAGACAGCGAAGCCUGCGUCCAGGCGGAAGCCUGGGCUUCCCAAGCCUUCUGUUAAAGCAACCUUUAGAUCAAAGCGCCAGUCUGAGAAAGCAGAAACCAAGGCCCAGGAGACCCAAAGACCAAACGCAAAUUCCAACAACAACAACAACAACAGAGAGGACGAUGAGGCUGUUUAUUCUGAAGAGAGCUCCUCUCAGGAGGAUCUUCCCCAACCUAAAAAAAAGUCCCGGAUUGUCCUGCCUCGGUGGUGUGUUUAUCUGGCAUGGUUCUUGGUUUUUGCCACUUCCAGCAUAUCCUCCUUCUUCAUUGUCUUUUAUGGGCUGACUUACGGCUACGAGAAGUCAAUAGAGUGGCUCUUUGCAUGUUUCUGUUCAUUCUGUCAGUCAGUCUUCCUGGUGCAACCGUCCAAAAUCAUACUCUUGUCAGGCAUCAGGACAAACAAGACCAAGUACUGUAAAAACCUCUCGUGGUCAACCAAGUAUCACUACUCGGAGAUCAGUCUGCAAAGAAUGAACAUGCAGCCAGAGGAGAUGAGGAGGCUGCACGACCACAUCAGCCAUAUCCGAGGCACGAGGAUGUACCAGCCCCUCAUGGAGGACGAAGUCAGAAUCUUCAAAAGAAAGAAGAGGAUCAAGAGAAGAGCCCUCCUGUUCCUGAGCUACCUGGUGACUCACCUCAUCUUCCUGGCCCUCCUGUUGGUCGCCAUUGGCCUGCUGCGCCACACCGACUGCUUCUACUACAACCAGUUCCUCCGUGACCAGCUCUCCGUGGACCUGGGCGGGGUGACCAAGCUGGAAGACAUCUACCGGUGGCUGAGCAGCGUGCUGCUGCCCUUGUUGCACAAUGACCUGAAUCCCACGUUCUUCCCCGACGACUCGUCCACCAUCCUUGGCCUUCCGCUGAUGAGGCAAGUGAGAGCAACAUCUAGCGAGAGACCGUGUCUGCCAGCCGAUAACUUUGUGCAGAACAGCAUCAAAGGAGAAAUUCGUUGUCAUCCCAAAUACGGCAUCGACCCGGAAGACACAAAAGACUAUUCUAGCUCCUGGAAUAAAAUCGAUCAACAGCACCCACGCAAUACCAAUGGCUUUGCUUAUAAGCAACAAGGAAAGCAAUGGGUGUAUUAUUCCUACGGGUCGUUGUAUACCUAUGGAUCAGGAGGAUACGCCUUCUACUUUUUUCCAAAACAGCAGAAGUUCCAUUCCACAAUGAGGCUCAAAGAACUUCAAGAAAGCAAUUGGCUUGACGAGAAGACGUGGGCUGUUAUCUUAGAAUUAACAACUUUUAAUCCAGACGUGAAUCUGUUCUGUAGCAUUUCGGUCAUAUUCGAGGUUUCACAGUUGGGAGUUGUCAACACCAGCAUAUCUGUAUACUCCUUCUCACUUGCUGAAUUCAACAGGAAAACUUCAGCAGAAAUCUACUUGUACGUGGCCAUUCUCAUUUUUUUCUUAGCCUACAUUGUUGACGAGGGUUAUGUCAUCACGCAAGAAAGAGCCUCCUACAUGAGAAGUGUGUAUAAUUUGCUCAACUUUGCUUUAAAAUGCAUGUUUACCGUGUUGAUUGUGCUCUUUCUCCGGAAGCAUUUCUUGGCCGCCGGUAUGAUUCAGUUCUACUCGUCGAACCCCGAUGACUUCAUUCCCUUCCAUGCAGUUUCUCGAGUCGAUCACACCAUGAGGAUAAUUUUGGGUUUCCUGUUAUUUCUGACAAUUUUGAAGACCCUCAGGUAUACCAGAUUCUUCUACGACGUGCGCCUGGCUCAGAGGGCCAUCCAGGCGGCCCUUCCUGGCAUCUGUCACAUGGCGUUUGUGGUGUCCGUGUACUUCUUUGUAUACAUGGCUUUCGGCUACCUGGUGUUCGGGCAGCACGAGUGGAACUACAGCAAUCUGAUUCAUGCCACUCAGACCAUAUUUUCCUAUUGUGUUUCGGCUUUCCAGAACACUGAAUUUUCCCACAACAGGAUCCUUGGGGUCCUGUUCCUCUCGUCUUUCAUGCUGGUGAUGAUCUGCAUAUUGAUCAACUUAUUUCAGGCAGUGAUCCUGUCUGCCUACGAGGAGAUGAAGCAGCCCGUGUACGAGGAGCCGUCGGACGAAGUGGAAGCGAUGGCCUACCUGUGCGGCAAGCUAAGGACUGUGUUUGGCUUUCAGACCUCCCAGUCGAGGGCCAAAGGUGAGCCCGAGUUCCUUGUCGACAUGCUGUACGGGCAGCCAGAGAAGAAUAACCGCCGGUAUCUGGGGCUGAAGACCAGGAACAUCAACGGGAAGAAAAUGGUUUACCUUGUCGUUUGAUGAACGGCGGUUUCAAGCGCCGUAAGCGAGGGUCUCCCCAAACGCUGGGUCUGUGGGACUAAGGGGAUUGAGGGGUGUUAGUGGCUCAGCCAUGCUUUCCACCUGUGUCCUUGCUAGUGCGCACCCUGCAUGUGGAAGUGUCCCCGCUCUUGGCCUCCGCUCUUGGGAACUCGAAAGUGGGAGCGUAGCGUAGUAUUUGGGGAGAGAGGAGAUCACAGUGUAGGAUUCCUGGAUUGAUUUCCCUUUACAGGGGAAUUACCUGACUCCUGGUACAGCGGCAAACCCUGCAGCAGUUUGGAGGAGUUAGAGCCACCCGGCAUGAGAACCAGAUUUGAGGGAGGGAGCAGAAAGGGCCCCACCCUGGACCUGGCCCGGGCAAGGGUGCUCCGGGCGCUGCUGUCUUCCACCCACGCUGGAAGCCAAUGGCCCGCUGCUCUGGGGCAGGGCUCCAGACUCCUCAGCCUCACUGCGAGUCUUCUUUGCAGAUCAGGGCUGCGGGCCCCGCUCCCCCAGUCCUGUUGGGCCAGGGCCUCACAGGGAGUUCCAGGACUUGCUCUGUGCUUGGGAAUACAGGGGUCAGAAGUCGGGAGCUUCCCAUUUAUGCCUUAAGUUUGCGGUGAGUUAAAGUAAAAUUUAAUAACAUUGUCUGACCAGGAGAUGAGGCUUUUGUUAAACAACAAAAAGGUGCAUAUGGGUUAACACUGAAAUACAGUAAGUGUUCUAUGUAUCGAAUAUAGCAAUAUAUGUACACCCAGGAUUUGGGCAUUCGGUUAUUUGUGGUAUGGUGGGUUAUUUAGCAAUAAGGAAAAUACAGUUCAUUACUUAAGAGAAACAAGGGCCAGCGGCUGUGACAUUUCACUCCGAAGCAUGUUUGUUUAUGUAGAUGCCACUUUAAACUUCAUUGGAAUUAAAUGUGAGAUUACUUCUGUGA